AUGUGUGAUCAGGCAGCUCGCUACUGCAGGGACAGCGUCCAACACCUCGGCACCAUCCGUGACAAGCAGCCGCCGCACCAGCGCAGCAUCAGGGGGCUGGACGGGGUCCUCCGCUGGGUUUUCACCAAGAUGAGCGACAAGAAGUUCGGCGAGAAGGAAUCCCAGAAAGGAGAGGCGGCUUCCACCAGGGACCGGAUCACUCCUGAGACCAAGAAAGGCAUCUCAGUCAUACUGGAUAUAUUCAGAAGAGCUGAUAAGAAUGAUGAUGGUAAAUUGUCCUUGGAUGAAUUUCGGGCCUUUUUCUCUGAUGGGACACUCAAUGAAGAAGAACUGGAAAAUCUCUUUCAUACAAUAGACUCUGACAACACCAAUCAUGUGGACACCAAGGAGCUCUGUGAUUACUUUGCCUCCCACAUGGGAGAUUAUGAGGAUGUUCUUGCCUGCUUGGAGACUCUGAACCUUUCGAUUCUGAAAGCUAUGGACUACACCAAGAAGGUGUAUGAGAGUGGGACAAAGUUGGACCAAUUUGUGACCCGAUUCCUGUUGAAGGAGACAGCCAGCCAGAUUCAGUCCCUGCUGACCUCUGUGGAAAGUGCAGUUGAUGCCAUAAAUGAUCAGACCACUCAGACAGGGUUCUAUGAUAGCAAGGCCAGCCAUGGUGUGGUGGAGAGUUGGUACAACCAGCAGGCCUCGUGCAACCUAACCAACAACAGAAUGGCAGCUAGGGACAAAAAGCUGAAAAACGAUUUAGCUCUACCAGCCAACAGAGAAGAAGGCCUUGAAUCGCAGAUCAACAGAUUGGCAGAACUGAUUGGCCGCCUGGAGAAUAAGACUAUGUGGCUUGACCUGCAGCAGAAGGUGAUGGACAAUGAGAACUUGACCUGUUCACACCUUUUCCUUGUUCGCCAGCACAUGGCCGUCGGACAGAAGCAACUGGGAGAGUUUGGCUGCUCCCUGAAGCAAUAUCUGAAGGAUGUGUCAGUACAACAAGACUGCUUCCAUGUUACAGCUGUGAGGUUACCAGAUGGUUUCACCUUCGUUGUGUAUGAGUUUUGGGAGAGCGAGGAACAAUGGAAAAACCAUCUUCAAAGUACAAGAUCUAAGGUCUUUCAACAUGUUAAAGUGGACACACUGACCCAGCCCGAGACUGUCUCCACAUUGUUUAUACCAGCUGCCUGGUGUACUUUGGAUGGGAAAUAACUUGGAGCCUUCUGGGAGAGUUGGACGUGAGGAGCUGCGGACCUAAUUGGACAAACAGUACCCCCUUCCUCACAAGAAGCCAGCACCCACAAGCGGAGAACCCUUUGUGUAUUUUGUAAUCAGUUACU